AUGUAUUCCGUCACCAUUGGAGCUGCUCUAAGUCUCCGAUCAUGCCUAUUGGCAAGGGUUCCUUGUAGAAAGCUCUCAUCACUUUCUGCUAAUUCUUCUUGUCUUGAGUUAAGGAGAUUUCCUUGUAGAGGUCGUGUCUUGUUCAUGAACCAUCCCAAAUUGAUCCGUCCAGUGAUUGCUUCUGUGCAGCCACAUGAGUUGUCGACUUUGGGGCACGAAGGCAACACUGUUCCUUCUAAAGAAAUUCUUGAUCUUUGGAGAAAUGCUGAAGCGGUAUGCUUCGAUGUGGAUAGCACGGUUUGUGUGGAUGAAGGCAUUGAUGAGCUUGCAGAGUUUUGUGGAGCUGGAAAGGCUGUUGCUGAAUGGACUGCCAGAGCAAUGGGUGGAUCUGUUCCAUUUGAAGAAGCUCUAGCCGCAAGACUUGCUUUGUUCAAGCCUUCUCUUUCGAAAGUUGAGGAAUUUCUAGAAAAGAGACCCUCGAGGUACUGCUUUUGUUUACAGUUACCGAUAAUUUUGAUUCUUUAA